CUUGUCUGUUGCAACACCUUGAAGCAGUCUACACUCCACUCCUCUCCACACACACACAGAGACAGCUCUCUAUGGGACAACACACCACUGGAACACAAACUUAACUGGAUCAUAUUAUAUUGAUAUUUUGUAGCAGUAUAUAUCAUCAGGUAUCAUGUCUAUCAUCGUGUAUUUCAGCAGCGUGAGCGGUUCCAGAGAGCUAAAACAGCAGCAGAGCCAGAUCUUCUCCUUCCUGGACUCUAAGAAGAUCAAGUACAAGGCGGUGGACAUCACCCAGGGGUCAGAGGUCAAAGACGAGAUGAGGAAGAAGACAGGAAACCCCACCGCUCUGCCACCACAGGUCUUCAACAAGGACGUGUACUGCGGGGACUUCUCUGUGUUUUAUGAGGCGGUGGAGGCUGGAAAAGCAGAGGCCUUCUUUAAGCUGUAACAGACAAAGGAAGAUCACCUGCCAGAAGACUCUCCCCUCCACUUCAGAAAGUAUUCACACCCCAUGACUUAUUCCCCAUUGUGUUGUGUUACAGCCUGAAUUCAUUUGAAAAUGAAAUACAGAAAUAUCUCAUUUACAUAAGUAUUCACACCCCUGAGUCAAUACAUGUUAGAAUCAUCUUAGGCAGCUAUUACAGCUCUGUGUCUUCCUGGAUGUCUCUAAGAGCUUUGAGUCUUAUUGGAUGUCUCUUAAGAACUUUGAUCAGCUGUAUUGUACAACAUCUGCACAUUAUUCUGUUUUGAAUUCUUCACGCUAGUCACGUUUGCUAGACAGCCAUUUUCAAGUCUUGCCAUAGAUUUUCAAGCUAAUUUAAGUCAAAACUGUAACUAGGCCACUCAGGAAUAUUUAGUGUAGUCUUGGUAAGCAACUACAGUGUAGAUUUGGCCUUGUGUUUUAGGUUAUUGUCCUGCUGAAAAGGUGAAUUCAUCUCCCAGUGUCGGUUGGAAAGCAGACUGAACCAGGUUUUCCUCUUGGAUUUCACAGGUGCUCAGCUCUAUUCUGUUUCUUUUCAUCCUAAAAAUCUCCCUAGUCCUUGGCGAUGACAAGCAUACCCAUAACUUGAUGCAGCCACCAUCAUGCUUGAAAAUAUGAAGAGUGGUACUCAGUGAUAUGUUGUGUUGAAUUUGCCCCAAACAUAACGCUUUGUUUUCAGGACAUAAAGUUCAUGUCUUUGCCAAAAAAAAAUCAGUUUUACUUAAGGGCCUUGUUGCAAACAGGAUGCAUGUUUUGGAAUAUUUUUAUUCUGUACAGGCUUCCUUCUUUCACUCUGUCAUUUAGGUUAGUAUUGUGGAGUAACUACAAUAUUGUUGAUCCAUCCUCAAUUUUCUCCUAUCACAGCCAGUAAACUCUGUAACUAUUUUGAAGUCACCAUUGGCCUCAUGGUGAAAUCCCUGAGUGGUUUCCUUCCUCUCUGGCAACUGAAUUAGGAAGGACGUCUGUAUAUUUGUAGUGACUAGGUGUAUUGAUACACCAUCCAAAGUGUAAUUAAUAACUUCACCAUGCUCAAAGGGAUAUUCAAUGUCUGCAUUUUUAAACACUAUUAUUGCACACAGAGUGAGUCCAUGCAACUUAUGUGAGUACAUCUUUACUCCUGAAAUUAUUUAGGCUUGCCAUACUUAUUAUUGACUCAAGACAUUUCAGCUUUUAAUUUUUAUUGAUUUGUAAACAUGUAAAAAAUUAAAAAAAAUAAUCUACUUUAAAACGGGGCAUUGUGUGUAAGCCAGGGACACAACAUCUCACAAGUCAAGAGGUGUGAAUACUUUCUGAAUGUAUAACCAUUGCCUUGUUUAGCAAAAUAAAGGCAUUCUUAUA